AUGGCUCUUGCCAACGGAAAAGACAAGGCGAUUGAUGCUCAGCUUGUCGAAGACAUCGCUGGUGCCGCUGCUGCUGGAGAGAUUUCCGAGGCCAUGGUCGCCGCAGAGGGCGAGGACCGCGUGACCUGGUUCGUCUGGCUUCUCGUCGGCUGCUCCAGCAUCUCCGGUCUCCUCUUCGGUUACGAUACUGGUGUCAUCUCAGGCGCCCUCGUUACAAUUGGUGGAGACCUAGGGCCUGCAGAGCUUUCUUCGGGCCAGAAGGAACUCAUCACAUCAUCCACUACCCUCGGCGCCCUCCUCGGCGGCCUUGUGGCAGGCGUCAUGAGCGACUACCUCGGUCGUCGCUGGGUUCUCGGUAUUGCGGACAUCAUUUUCAUUGCCGGUGCGAUCGGACAGGCCGUCUCCCAUGCUGUUUGGCCCAUGAUCGGCGGCCGUUUCGUCAUCGGUGUAGCUGUCGGUAUCGCCGCCUGCGUAGCGCCCGUCUACAUCCAGGAGCUCUCGCCCACGCGACUGCGUGGCCGCAUGGUCGUCCUAAAUGUCGUCAUGAUCACUGGUGGUCAGGUUGUCGCCUACGGCAUCGACGCCGCUUUCCAGCACCUCAAGGUGGCUGGCGCUGGAUGGUCGGGCUCGGCGCCAAUGUGGACUAGCGCGUAUAAUGAUCCUCCGGAACAAUUACACCGACGCCCGCGCGAUUAUGACGAGAUCUACGCCUACGCGACCCCGGAGCAGAUCGACCUCAAGUCCGUAGAGAUCACGAAGUCGACCACGUUCCUCCAGCGCGUCAAGAUCCUCCUCAUGAACCCCGCCAACCGUCGUGCCCUCAUUGUCGGAUGCGGUCUCCAGGCUUUCCAGCAGCUGUCUGGCUUCAACACCCUCAUGUACUACUCCGCCACGCUCUUCCAGGAAGUCGGCUUCGACCAGCCUAUUGCGUACAUCGAUAUUAUCGGCCGCCGCCGCAUCAUGCUCUUCUCCGCACCCGGCAUGGUCUUCUCGCUCGCCCUCGCCGCCAUUGCCUUCCACUUCCUCACGCUCAAGACUGGCAGCGAGCUCAUCGCGGGCACGCAAUACUCUCAAGCCUGGUCCGCAGUCGUCCUCCUCUCCAUGAUCCUCUACGUCGCCUCCUACGCGACCGGGCUCGGGAACGUCCCCUGGCAGCAGGGCGAGCUCUUCGCGCUGGAGGUGCGCGGGCUCGGCACCUCGCUCUGCACGUCCACGAACUGGGCGGGGAACCUGCUCAUCGGCUCGACGUACCUCUCCCUCAUGGACGCCAUCACCCCCGCGGGCACGUUCGGCCUCUACGCCGGCAUCUGCGCCUUGGGGUGCGCGUUCUGCUGGGCGUGCUUCCCCGAGACCGCAGGUUUGAGCCUCGAGGAGGUCCAGAUGGUGUUCAAGCGCGGGUUCGGGAUCAAGGAGAGCGCGCGGCUGCGGGAAGAGAAGCGCGCGAUGAUGUGUGGGGAACGCGGCGCGCAGGACAGCGCGUCCAGCGCGGCGACGGACGAGAAGGCGUAG